GACAUCAGGCCUCAGACUAAAAACAUCAUUUGUGCGAAACUUCGCUUAGAGUUCAAUAAGCCCUUCCAGUCAAUUUGAACAUUACGAACUCUACGACAACAACGAUUUUCGCAAACUCCAAGCACUCCAACACCGCCGACAACAGUCCUCGCCAAAAUCAGACAAUAUGUCUCACGAAUCAGUUUGGAUGUCCAGACCCCGUACCUACGGAAAGGGAUCCCGCGAAUGUCGCGUUUGCACCCACAAGGCCGGUUUGAUCCGCAAAUACGGUCUUAACAUCUGCAGACAAUGCUUCAGAGAGAAGGCAGCCGAUAUUGGAUUCGUCAAGCACCGUUAAAUUCACCACACCUUUAAAAUUGACUCAUCGAAAACGGAACGAUACGAUCACGAUGGGUUUGUGGAGAGAAUCAAAUUAACAUGGCAUGGAGUUCUGGGCUUUUGCAGGAAAAGGGAUACGAAAGAGGACAUUUAUGGUCAGACUUUAGAGGGCAUUUUCAAAUGAAGGGAGGAACGCUUAUGGACACUCGUGUGCUGAGGCAGCUCUGCGAUGGAUUGUUCUCAAGGUUAUGACACCUUUUCAACUGCAUUGAUCUGGAAUGGAGAUGGUUCUUUUUCCUAGGGUCAUUUGAGCUUAUGUUCAUUUGGCUUCGGCUAGGAAGUAGCUUUCUCGGAAUAUAUCAGAUCGUUUUCCUUGAGACAUUAUGGAUUCCUCCGAUUGUGCAUUCUGAAGUGAGUGAAUGAUUAUAUCAUAAACAUGGGAGAUUCCAGGUAGGGCAGAAGGUCAAGUGGCCUUCCAUUAGAUCUAAUCUAGUAAGUGAGGACUCGAGAGGUUAAUCCACACGGCCCAAAUUAAAUUUGCCUGGUCGAAUCCACCAUUUUGUCUCCAUCUUCAAUCAUAAAUACGGCCCAGAUAUCCUCACAUAACCUCAUUUUUGGGGUAUCAGCGAUUCUCAUCAAUCUACCGAGAACGAAAGAUCCAUCUACAUACAUCUCUGGCCAAAAUCACAAUUCUGCUCUUACAUUCCUUAACAUUAGGAGUAUGGCCCAAACCUUUGCCCUUCUGGUUCCUUCAAACAUACCACACAUUUAUCAAGCCACAAAAUAAAACAAUGAUUCGCCUAGGAAAUCUAUGCCUGCCAAAAGUGCCAUUCUAAAAGCAAGGUGGAAUACUGAAAUUUGUGAGACUUAUAUAUCAACGUCGAGUGGGCUAUUGGUUGAAUUUCAUUAGGGUUCUUGUCCAUGCCAGGGAAACGUCGACAGAAUCUAUAUUCCAUUGCACAAUGAAUCUUAAGUGGUAGUCACGUUCCAAUAAUCACAUUGUAAAAUCUAGCACUAUCAACACGAAAAGGGCCCUUUCCCUUGCAACGUGGGAAGAUAUCCUUGAGCUAUUUUGUUAUUUUUAUUUCGCCGGUGCUAUUUGUGCCCAAUCACACUACUAAUCGACGAGAAGUUCUUUGUAUCUAAUGGUCAACACAUAGAAUGAUUUGAUACUCAACA